AUGCAAGAAAAAGUAAUAUUUAACAAUAAAGAAGUACGAACAGCCACUUUACUUGCAGUUGAGCAAGAAGAUGAUGAAAUAACUUUUAUUCUUCAAGAUUAUGUUAGAAGAAAAUCCAAUCGAAAUACGUCUGAAAGACUUCAAACAAUAAUUGAUGAAAGAUCCACUAUUGAUGAAGUAUCUGAUAAUCCCAAGAAAUUCAAAGAAACUAUAAUGAUACUAAUUUUAGAAUAGAGACUAGUAGUCAGAUAGAGAAAAAUGAAAUUGAAAAAGACUGAGAAAUUAUAGAUAUAAACCUCUAAAAUGUAAAAAUCUGAAUAGAGUUAUUACUAAAGGUUAGCCACCCAAGUGAAGGUAUUUGAGUAGUGUGAAAAAGAAACAGGAUGCUUAAGAAAAGCCCAAAACUAGAGGCUCUUAUAAGUAUUGUGUUUGCAAUAAAAUAGGACAUAAUGCC